UGGCAGUGGCUGUGGUCAGUGUUGCCUGCGCUAACUUGGAAUGGUUUUAAAUCCCACGCAGCCUCACUUAACCCACCGCACAGUCAUUCAUCAGCAAGCUCUACCGUGGAUCGAUGUUGCUCUAACCCCAGAGGUCGACCUGUCGCACAUACAGCGAGAAAUGAUCAGUAGCAGCAGCGUCUAUGGCCUAAAGAUGCAGUGGACCCCAGAGCAUGCGCAGUGGGCGGAGCAGCACUUUGACAUCACCUCCACCACGCGCUCGCCGGCCCACAAGGCCGAGGCUUACCGGGGCCACCUGCAGCGCGGCGGCAGCACCUACCAGUACGCCUGGGCCAACGACGACAUCUCUGCACUUACCGCCUCCAACCUGCUCAAGAAGUACGCUGAGAAGUACUCUGGCAUCCUGGAGAUGCCCAGUGAGAGGGCCCUGCUGAACUCCUACGCCGAGGCCGGGAUGAACGGCAGGAAGGGGGAGGGCGAGGCCUGGCAGGAGGGGGUAUACUGCGUCCCCGAGGGGAUGUCCAUGAGGAAAGGAGGGGUGGCGGCGGAGGUGGCUGGUAUGUGCAGCUCGCCAUCCCCGGGCCUGGCCUCCAGCGGACUGACAGAGCCUGGUUACUCCAGUAGCAGCUGUGGUAGUCACACCGCCACGGCCCUCCACUCCUCUGCAGGCUCCUCUCAGGAAUACGGCCCCAGCUACAGUGGCUCCUACCUGGGCUACAGCUCCCAGGUCACCACCUCCCCGCUGCACAGCUCCGGCCUCUUGCAGCCCCCUCCUCCACCCCCCCACCCCUCCCAGGUCCCGGCCUACAAUGGGGGAUCCUCCAACCUUUCGGGCUACAAUUACCCACAUGCCGGGUACCCCUCCCAGAGCUCUGUGGGGCCAGGCUACAGCCCUGGGGGAGCCCCCCCUCCAUCCUCCUACCUACCGUCAGGGAUCGCCGCUCCCACCCCCCUGCCCCCCUCCUCCACGCUCCCCGGGUACCCCUACCAGUCGCACAACCUUGGCCCCAUCGCGCCCACGCCUCUGAAUGGCAGCUUGUCCAACUCUCUGAAGAGAAAAGCCUUCUACAUGACAGGGCAAGGAGAGAUGGACUCCACUUAUGGAAAUUUUGUCUACGGCCAGGCACGCAGCACCGCAGAGAGCCCCAUGUACAGGGUACCGGACAGCAGCAUCUCAAAUGCGGGCGGCGGAGGGAAUGGUUUUGACAGGAACGCUGGCAAGUCAUCUUUGCCGUUUAAUACCCAAAAGCAGCCCAUGGCCUCUGAGCAGUCUGCGGGUGGAGCCCUCACCCCUCCGUCCUAUACCUCCACUCGGGGUGGCUCGCGCUCAACCGACUCCCUGGGCAGCUUCACUUCUCCCUCCCUGAGCGACCAAGGGGAUGAGCACCGCCUGCACCUCUCCCACCUCUCCCUGACGGGGGCGACCUCAUCCUCCCGGCCCGCUGAGGAGCAGCUGAAGAGCAGCGACCCCCACCUCCUGGACAUGGUGACCUCUGAGAUCCUGCAGCAGGGACCCCCAGUCGACUGGAGUGACAUUGCAGGCCUGGAGCUGGCCAAGGCCACUCUGAAGGAGGAGGUUCUCUGGCCCAUGCUACGUCCGGACAUGUUCAGCGGCCUAGGUUCGGCCCCGAGGUGCGUUCUACUGUUCGGCCCCAGAGGAACUGGCCGGACGUUGCUGGGCCGCUGCAUGGCAAGCCAGCUGGGGGCACCCUUCCUGCAGCUCAGAGGCUCCACCUUGGCCACCAAGUGGCUAGCAGAGGGUGACAAGAUCCUGCGGGCCUCCUUCCUGGUGGCGCGCUGCCGCCAGCCCUCAGUCCUGUUCAUCAGCGACGUGGACAUGCUGCUGUCAGCCCAGCUCAGCAACGAGAGCCCCGUUCACCGCCUCAAGGCCGAGCUCCUGGCCCAGCUUGAUGCGCUGCUCCUGGGGCCGGCCGAUGACUCCAACAACCACGUCCUGGUGGUCUGCUCCACCAGCAAGCCCCAGGACAUGGACGAAGGGCUGCGACGGUACUUUGGCCGGCGGGUCCUGGUGCCGCUGCCGGACGGUUCGUCCCGCCACCACAUGCUGAGCCAGCUGCUGUCCCAGUCCCAGCGGAAGUACUGCCUCAGUGAGGAGGAGCUGGUGCUGCUGGUCCAGCGCACCGAGGGCUUCUCCGGCCUGGACGUGGCAAGGCUGUGCCAGGAGGCCCUGGUGGGCAUGCUGCACACCUCCUCCCAAGGCCUGGACCUCUCGGUGAGCAUCAUGCCCACGGGCCAGAUGCGACCCCUCACCUACCAGGACUUUGACAGUGUUUUUUGCAAAUUCCAGCCCAGUAUAUCGCAGAAAGAGAUCGACACGUACACCGAGUGGAACAAAAUGUUUGGGUGCGGUCAGUGAACCUCGGGGGGAAAGUCCUCAAGAAAGAGGCGUUGGGAAUUCUUUGACCUGUCUGUGGUGCUAACCAGAGAGGAAGGCACACAAGAGGGGCGACGUAAACCCCCCACACGUGAGACCUGACGCCAGAGGUGGAGAAACAUCAAGAGACUUGGUUGGAGUGAUACCUGAUGGUUUUGCAGGUAACGAGCAGAGAUUUCAUUAGGAUGCUUGACGCUGCUAAAGUCAGGCAUAGUUAUACACAUUAAGAAGGGGUCAACUUGAGAAGAGACAGAGGAGGACCCUGUGUGUAUAUAUACAUUUGUUGUUGUCCCCUAAAAAUUUAGUUGGCUAACCAAGUGCCUGUAGUGGUGCUUUCUUAAUUCUCUUUUUUUUUUAUGUAUAAUGAUUUUGUUUGCCUCACAAUCUACAUUAAUGGCAUGUGCUGAUAUUAUGAGCUUUAAACUUCAACAGCAAAAUUAAAAUUAGAGUGGCGGUUGCCAUUUUCUCCUGCCAUUUCACCAAGUAUCAACAGUAUUCCUCAGGGGGUGACAGGAAUUUGGACCCCCGAUCCAUACACUUCAUCUCUGAUCCUCUGUCUGCAAAAAAAAAA